AUGGACAUUGAUAUCUCCGACAUUCUCGCAGAUGUGUCGCGCUCUCAACCCUCCACAACACCCACACACCCAUAUUCGGUCAGUGACACGGACGCUUUCAUCGACCACCAGCUCCUCACACGCGCAUGGACAUCGGAGCGCUGCGCACCGGACUUACUUCCCUAUCCCACAGAACUAAUGGCCCGUGUAAUGGCGCGUGUCCAAGCACAAAUAUCACGCAUUGAAGACCUAGCGAGCGGAAUGGGAGGGGACACUUACUCGAAUUCUAUGGAGGGGAUCGUGGGUGGGAAACCAGCCGGCGGCACGCAGAAUGCGAAUCUAGUCCUUGCGAUAUUACAGACCGACUUAUCACGGACGCAGUUCCUGGUCCGGAGUUUGCUCAGGCAACGGCUCGCCAAGAUGACCUCGCAUGCCACUUAUUACCUCUCGCAACAUCUCAACUCUGACAACAAGACGUCCGUCAUCAUGUCAGCGCCGGAAGUCGCUUUUCUGAGGCAUCAUCAAGCUCUCCUAGGCGACCUCUAUGAUUCGAGUUUUCUGAACUCGCUGCCGACGGGGUUACGGAGACUGGAUGAUUCCAGCGGAGUAGUGCCUAUGAUUGAAGGGCCCGACGGCUCCAAGGCUGUGGUCGUCAGAUGCUUAAAUGAGGGGACGUGGAAUAACGAGCGGGAUGUCGACGAGGCGAGGGAUCAGGGCGAGCAAGAAGGUGCUAGUGUAGUGCUGAGGAUGAGGAGAGGAGAGGUCUGGGUUGUUCGGUGGAAGGACGUCAAGAAAGGCGUGGAAAGGGGAGAGGUGGAGUUGUUAUGA